AUGGCCGAGCUGAAACCCGUGAGCGACCUGGCGCGGCUGUCGAGCCGGGUGGUGCGCAUCCUGGCGCAGAACCCGGGUCCGUACACCCUCAACGGGACCAACACGUACCUCGUCUCUGCGCCGUCGUCUUCGUCGCCGUCUUCGUCGUCCUUGCCGACGACGGCGGCGCGGCGCGGGAUCCUCAUCGAUACGGGCGAAGGUGUCGAGGGCUAUAUCCCGCUCCUCGAACGUGCGCUGCGCGGUGGUGGUGGUGGUGAUGAGGGCGCCGAUGCGUCGACCAUGGCGGCGAUUGGGGACGAGGGUGUGACGACUUGGGUCAGCGAUAUCAUCUUGACGCACCGCCACGGCGACCACACAAAGGGCCUUCCCUCUGUCCUCUCGCUCCUCUCGCGCCUUCGCUCCGAGUCCCAAGCCGCAUCUGCAACGACGGCAGCGACUUCGACGCCGCUCGCGCCGCCCCGCAUCCACAAGUUGCCCGACACCGAAUCGGACCCGUCGCUGAUCGAGAGCCUGCACGCCCUGCCCUCGGGCUCGUUCACGUCCUACUCUGCCUUUGACGGCCCCUCGCCCCUGUGGCCGCUCAAGGACGGCGACAUCAUCGCAUGCGCCGACGGCGACGAGGCAGGCGCAACGUCGCUCCAGGUCGUGCAUACGCCCGGGCACACCGCCGACCACAUCUGCCUGCUGCUGCGCGAGGAGCGCAACCUCUUCUCCGGCGACCACGUCCUCGGCUCCGGCACCACCGUCUUCGAGGACCUCAACGCCUACCUCGCCAGUCUGUCGCGCUGCAUCGACCUUUUCGCCGAGAUCGGCCCCUCGUCCUCCGUCGACGGCAAAGACGGCCGCAGCGACGGCAGCAACGACACCGGCGACGACGAAAACGUCAUCUACCCGGCCCACGGCCCCGUCGUCGCGGCGGGCAGGGCGACGCUGAGGACGUACCUCUCCCACCGCCUCGAGCGAGAGCGCCAGAUCCUCUCGCUCCUCUCUACGGCACCGCCGCCCUCGGCCCAAACCGAGGCCGAGCGGGGAUGGACGAUCACGUCGCUUGUCUCGACGCUCUACUCGGCCUACCCGGAGCACCUCUUCCCCGCCGCAGCGCGCGGCCUCUUCCUGCACCUCCAUGCCCUCUCGGUCGACAACCCGCAGGCGGGGCGCAGGAAGAGGGUCCGGCCCAGGUCGUUGCCCGAAUUCGCAAAGGGGCAGCCCCGAGCCGCCACCGAGGCCGAGGCGGGCGUGGUGCCCAUCCCCAAGAACGAGUCGCAGUACGCCCAGGUCAUGGACAUCGUCUGGGACCUCAUCCCCGAUCAGGGCGAGAGCGGCACGGAGCAGCAGGGCGCCGGCGGUGAGGAGCAGCAGGCGUCAAAGGCCGCGGCUGCGACGGGCGAAAGAUUGUAG